UCAAAUUUAUUUUGUCACUCUCCUCAGCAAGGUCACUCUCUCUCACCGAGAAAUUCUGCUAUGCUUUCUCUUCGAUUCUUUCUUUUUCUUUCCCGUUUCAAAAUCACCUGGCUUUAGGUGAAUACAUAUUUUUUUUUGCACUUUUGUUUUUCUGUCAAAUGUUUUUCAAACGACUCGUCGUUUCAUAUCGUUUCCUAUAUGAAACGUCUUUACAUUUGAAUCCGAAACGCUUCCUCUUUGAUUGUCUAGACUUAGUGUAUUCUUUUUUCUUUCGCCAUUGCGCUUGGUUUUGAUAAUUUCUGGGCUUAAGUUAUGUUUGUCUGCUUAGAAAAUGUCGGCUAGAAAUUUUCUUUCUCAUUAGCGAAGUAUUGAACUGUACAGAAUUUUGUAAUGCAGUAAGCUUGGUGAUGUGGAGCUGUCUGAUCUCUGAAACUACACAAUAAAAAGAAGAAGAAAUUUGAAAGUCAAUAUAUAUAUAAAACUAAAAUUUAAAUAAGAAAAUGAGGGAACUAAAAAACAAUUUUUUUUCGUCAAACUAAUUCCUGCUUUGUUUUCUGUCUUAGGUUUUUAAAAGAAUGAUUUAAUCUUGAAGGGUUUGGCUUGGUAAGGACUGACUGUCGUUGCCUUCCUUCUCUCACCAAAAUGCGAAAAUGUAGGUAUAAAGAUUGGUGUUUGCAAGCCUUCACAACUGAUAGGUGAUAAAGAAUCAUGGCUCCAAACCCGAGAAUUGUGCGGGCCUUCCGCUCGAUGAAAGAAAUAGGAAUUAGCGAGGAAAAAGUGAAACCAGUGUUGAAGAAGCUUCUUAAACUGUAUGACAAAAAUUGGGAGCUAAUUGAAUCAGAAAAUUAUAGAGUUCUUGCUGAUGCUAUCUUUGACGAGGAGGAUAGCAAGGUGUCAGAACCUAAGAAAGACAAGAAAUGCAAUCAGGAGGCAGAUAUUGAAGAAGAAGGAACAGUACCCAAUGAGCUUGUACGCCCCUUAAAAAGACUUAAAAAGGUUCAGUACCAAGAAGGUCUCGCAUCAUUUUCUCAUAAAAACAGCACCUCCAGUGUGGCUGGAACCCUUUUAAAAAAGCCUAAACUUGAGGAGGAUGAAUUACCUCCUACUUUGCAGCUGCAGUCAAUUCAGUGCAGUGUUGGAAAUACAAGGACAGAAUUCCUGCCUGCUUCACCUGGUACUGUUUCGCCCCAGCCUGCCUCUCGUUGUCCUGUUUCACCCCAUCAUGGUGGUAGGAAUACUUCACCUGGUACUGUUUCACCUCAGCCUACCUCUCCUGGUCCUGUUUCACCCCACCAUAGUGGUAGGAAUAAAGGGAAGCAAACUGUAGAACCUAGGCCUUUGGCAAUACUAGAAAGAUCUGAACCAAAUUCACAUUCAUCUCAAAUGCAUGUUAGCUACAAAGGAAAGGAACCUAUAUCACCUCAUGUUGCUUCCAAUGGGAAAGGCCCUGAGAGAGUAUCUCUUGCCUUGCGCAUUAAAGAUCCAGCACCUGAGCCUAGUAUAUUGCCUAAGAAAAGGGUGCCUGAUACUCAUGCACUGAUCAUACCCAAGGAGGAGCCGUUUACUGAUGACAUGCCGCAGGUUGAGGUUCCUAUUACCGUUAUUCAUCCAGAUUCAUUAAGCGGAAGAGAUUUGCCAAUUGGGGAUUUUUCAACUGAAAAAUCAAACUGGCAGGAACCUUCAGAAUCUCUGUAUGCAGAUGAAAUUGUAGGUAGUGGUGCUUCAGUUUCAAUGAAUGACAGGCGUACAAUCUGUGAGCUUGCUACUGUUCCUGAUGAAAUUCCUUCUAGCGAAGAAAUUGCCUCAUCACCAUUGGGAGAGGUGAAGAUUUCUCUAAGCUACAAUUCUGCUCUUGGAAGACCGAAUUUCCAAUUCCCUAGUAUAGAUGAACUAAGACAACUGAUGGAGCAGAGAUGUCUCCAAUCAUAUAAACUCAUUGACCCAAAUUUUGAUGUCAUCAAAAUUCUGAAUGAUAUGUGUGAGUGCAUCUCAGAAUUGGCAACUAAUUCCUCUAAUCAAUCGCAGGAAGGUAAUGUGAUUCCAGCUCUUGAUGUAUUGAAGAAAUCUCCUGCAAGGGAUGCUCUUGAAGCUGAGAGCAAUAAGGAAAAUGGUAGCUUGCUAGCUAGGAUGUUAAAUGGAUCUUUCAAUGUUCGUUGCUCUGCAAAUGAAUGUGUUGACAAUGUCGGCGGGAAGGAACUGGUGGUUGUUCCACAGCAUCAACUUACACCUUAUGAAUUAAGGUGGCUUCAUGAUGCAAGUGACAUAACCAAGGGAGAAGAAAAAGUUGAAAUAUCAUGGGUAAAUGAAAUUAAUAAAGAUUUUCCACCACCGUUUCAAUAUAUAUCAGAGAAUCUGAUAUUUCAAAAUGCCCAUAUUAGUUUUUCUCUUUCUCGGAUUGGAGAUGAAAGUUGUUGUCCAACAUGUUUUGGGGAUUGUCUCUUGUCCCAGCAGCCUUGUGCAUGUGCUUGUCAAGCUGGGGGACAAUUUGUGUAUACUUCGGCAGGUGUUGUCAAAGAGGACUUCUUAGAUGAGUGUAUCUCUAUGACUCGUGAUCCUCAACAACAAUGUCUCCUUAAUUGUGCAGGGUGCCCACUUGAGAGAUCAAAGAAGGAUGACUUUCCAGAACCUUGUAAGGGUCACUUAAAGAGAAAAGUUAUCAAAGAAUGUUGGAGCAAAUGUGGCUGCAAUAAGCAGUGUGGCAAUCGGGUGGUGCAGAGAGGUGUAAAUUACAAAUUGCAGGUGUUUUUGACACCUGAUGGGAGAGGUUGGGGCCUCAGAACUCUAGAGAAGCUUCCCAAAGGAGCUUUUGUUUGUGAGUUUGUUGGAGAAAUAGUCACCAUCUCUGAGCUGUAUACACGGAACAUAGAGAAACAUGCAUGUCCAGUCCUACUGGAUGCUUAUUGGGGGUUGAAGGGAGUUUCUAAGGAUGAAGAAGCCCUCUGUUUGGAUGCCACAUGUUAUGGAAAUGUUGCGAGGUUUAUCAAUCAUAGAUGCUUAGAUGCAAACUUGAUUGAGAUUCCUGUUGAAGUGGAGACUCCAGAUCUUCAUUACUAUCAUCUAGCCUUCUUUACAACAAGAGAAGUUGAAGUGCUUGAAGAGCUGACUUGGGAUUAUGGUAUUGACUUUGAUGAUCUUGAUCAUCCUGUUAAGGCAUUCCGGUGCAGAUGUGGCAGUAAGUUUUGCAGGAACAUGAAACGUUCAACUAGAUCUAAAUCUACAAUAAUCACCAGGUGAACUGAUUCUUGGUCAUGGAAAUGUUUUACCAGUUUCAUUUUACUCGACGAAACAUAGGUUUUAAAUGAAGCUCAAGGUGGUUGUUUGGGAUGCUUUGCAUGGUUUAUGCUAUUUUGGUGUCAUUUUCUUUUGAAUUGCCUUCUGCGGCUAUUUCUAUGUCGUGUUCGAACUGACUAUACACCUUUUGCCUAAACGUUUUAUUUGCGAGCAAUAAGUUGCUAAUUUGAUUCCACCCUGAUGUUUUGUGUUUGGACUGGAACCACAACAAGCAGCAUUGAUUGAUUUACACCCCCCCCCCCCCUUUUUUUUUUUACCUCAUCCAUUCAUUCAUUCUUUCCCUCUGUUUUGUAAUCAUGAUUAAUAACCAUUUCAGCAACUUGAGGACUUCUUGCUCAAGCUAUGUUGAACUGGCAGAGGGAAGUCUGAUUGUCAAGCAUGAGCUUUGAUCACAUACAAAAUGACAUUGCCAACUUGGUAGUUGG